UGAGUUGUUUUCAUUAGCGGCACGCGAUUGAUUGCAAAACAGCACAGGCAUAUUGUAGAAAAGCGGAAAUUUUACAGCAAUUUAAAAUGUCGCUUGCUGCUGCGAGUGGUACGGGAAGAUUUUGGGCACGGUCAGCAAAAACAAUUCGCUUUGUGCGUCAAGGAUGUACAAAUCGACCCUUUUUCCACAUUGUAGUAAUGGAGCGCCGCAAAGAUCAAUACCAACCAGUCAUUGAACAAGUGGGAACGUAUGAUCCAAUUCCAAACGAGCACAAUGAACAGCUGGUAUCGUUUAACUAUGAACGCAUCCGUCAUUGGAUUGGUAGCGGAGCCCAUAUAUCGAAGCCGGUGGCGGAGUUAUUAGGUAUUGCCGGCUUGCUUCCAGUCCAUCCGCGGACCUAUAUGACCGCCUGGCGAAAUAGACAAAUGGCUGAGAAGCUUGCACAGAUCAAUGCGGUAAAAAAUUCGGAUAAUGUCGAUAGUACAACAAGCAACAGUUAAAGAAACCGCAAUUGGUCUUUUCAUAGAUUUUACUGUAUAAUAAAGCGUGGAAUGGAUAUUCCCUUCCAAUUAGUCGAAAAAAAGAUUCACGUUUAAUUCGACGUAAAUUUGCAAAGAAAACAAAUGAUACAUAAGUAUUAAACAAUAGCACAUCCGGCUACUGAACAAUUACUCACAGUCCAAUUAAAACAGUCCCACGAUUUUUAGAAAAUGCACAAACCCAUAAUGAAAUGGCAAACAGUUACUAAAAGAAAAUAAUUUUGGCCCGUUCUGCAAGCCGUUUUGCUUUUCACAAAAUAUGUCAUUAUCAUUGUUUUGUCCCGACGCGAAGAUUAAAUCGAAACGGAGAACAAAAGCCCGAAUCUCUCUGGGUAAAUCUCUACCUGGGUUAACGAAUGCCACCUCAAAAGUCCUUACAAAGAUCAUAUAUUUACUUCGAUCGAUCGAUCGAUUUUGG